GUGAAAGAGGACCUUGUCUGGCUACGAUCCUCUGUGCGCUCUCUCCCUCUCUUUCCUCGUUUCUCUUCGUCUGUCUGUUGGAGAGAGAGAGAGGGUGUUUUCUACUGCCAGUCUGUCAUCUCUCUCUAUAUGCAAAGCAUAUCCUUCCUUUCUCAUAAUACCCCUUUAUAUAAUAUUAUAUACUAUUAAUCGCCUCCCUCUCCCUCUCUCUCUCUCUCUCUAUAUAUAUAUAUAUAUAUACACAUGUGUGUGUGUAUAUGUGCACCUUCCUUCAAAUUUUGGAUUGCUUCCUAUUCUAGAGAGAGAUAGAGAGGAACCCUAGGAUUCGUCACCAUGAGUCUCUUUGGCCUGGGUAGCAGAAACCAGAAGACUUUUCGACCUAAAAAGAAUGCUCCUUCUGGAAGUAAGGGAGCUCAGCUUCAAAGACAUAUUGAUGCUACCUUGGGUAGCGGAAAUUUGAGAGAAGCUGUGAGACUUCCUCCUGGAGAAGAUAUUAACGAGUGGCUUGCUGUAAACACUGUAGACUUUUUCAACCAAGUCAAUAUUCUGUAUGGUACUCUAACGGAAUUCUGCACACAAUCCAAUUGUCCUACGAUGACGGCAGGACCAAAAUACGAAUAUAGAUGGGCUGAUGGAGUUACUAUAAAGAAACCAAUAGAGGUGUCUGCUCCUAAGUAUGUUGAAUAUCUGAUGGAAUGGAUUGAAACUCAGCUAGAUGAUGAAUCAAUCUUCCCACAGAAAUUAGGAGCUCCAUUUCCAUCAAAUUUUCGAGAUGUUGUGAAGACAAUUUUCAAGAGGCUGUUUCGUGUAUAUGCUCAUAUCUACCACUCGCAUUUUCAGAAGAUUGUGAGUUUAAAGGAAGAAGCUCAUCUAAACACUUGCUUUAAACACUUCGUUCUCUUCACGUGGGAAUUCCGCUUGAUUGACAAAGGGGAGCUUGCACCACUCUAUGACCUGGUGGAGUCUAUCCUGCAAUUAUAGAGAAACCCCAUAUGACUUUUUUUUUUGGCUUUUGAUUUUCUUCUUGUAGUUUGAAUAUUUGGGCACAAAUUCUUUUGAAUUUCUGUAUGUCAGUUAAUUUUUUGGAACCUUUCUAGUAAAAUAGUCCAUCUCUUUCCUUGUUUUUAUUUUCA